AUGGCCCGCAACCGCCUCCAGCAGUCGGGUGUCCCCCAGCAGUACGGUGACCAGUCCGCUCCCGGCGGCAACCCAUACUCGAGCAACCCGUACAGCAACAACCCCGAGUCGCAGCCACUCGCUCACAGCCCUUACCCCCAUGACGGCGGCGCGAGCUACCCUCCGAACUCGCAAGGGGGUUACGCUCAGGGCGGCGGCUACAACAGCUCAUACGGCCAGCAGGACCAGUACGCGUCGGGCGGAGCUGGCAACGGCGCCGGUGGCGGUGACUUUUGGAGCGAGCUCAACAACACGAACGCUCUACUGGGAGACCUCCAGCAGGCCAUUCAGGCCGUUCGCACUGCCCACUCUCAGACCCUUAACUCUACGGACCAGCGCGCCAUCCAGAAUGCCGACAAGGUCUCGGCGGAUGCCCGUGCCCUGCGCCAGCAGUGCAAGGAUGCGGUCAAGCACCUGUUCAAGCUCGCCAAGGGUGACAAGACGCUGCGUACGCAGGCCGAAACGGCGUCGAAGCGCUUCACGGGCCUCCUGAACGAGCACCAGAACAUCGAAAAGGAGUACCGCCAGAGGAGUAAGGAGAAGGCCGAGCGCCAGUACCGCAUUGUCAAGCCCGACGCGACGCCAGAGGAGGUCCAGCAGGUCAUCAACAGCGAUGACCCCCAGGUGUUUGCGACCGCACUCUUAAACUCGGGCCGCUACUCGGAGGCCAGAGGCGCGUACAAGGAGGUGCAGGACCGCCACACUGAGAUCCUCAAGAUCGAGAAGACUAUGACCGAGCUCGCCCAGAUGUUCCAGGAGAUGGCGAUGCUUGUCGAGCAGCAGGACGAGACCAUCACUCAGGUCGAGAACCACGCCCAGCAGGUCAACCAUGACAUCCAGUCUGGUAAUGAGCAGCUCACCGGGGCAAUCACCAAGGCAAAGGCGGCUCGCCGGAAAAAGUGGAUCUGCUUCUGGAUCUGCAUUAUCAUCUGUAUCGUCAUCGCGUGCGCAGUCGGUAUCCCUCUGGGUAUCCAGGCCGCGAACAAGAAUUCGAAGUAG